CGAAGUGCACUGUGUUGGCCUCUCAGCGCAUCAUGGUUGCAGCUGCGUCCAAAGAUGUGUCGAUUGAGGAGAAAUUCGCCGUGCCGCCGAAGGUGCUGUAUCAGGCACUCCUGAGCGCUGAUGACCUGACGAGGAUGGCACUGGGAGCCGCCACACAGAUGGUGAGAUGCGUAUAGGCUCAGGAUCUUCACAGAGAGGGAGUGAGCUCGUUUGUGCGUGUCUGUCAUCCGUUGCAACCUAUGGCAGGACGCCACGGUUGGCGGCAAGUUUUCCCUUUUCGCUGGCGGCGUGUGCGGCGAGAAUGUCGUCCUCGAGGAGCCGAGCAAGAUAGUGCAGAAGUGGAGAUUGUAAGCCUGCACUGGCAUGCAACACGUGACCUUCACACUCGCUCAGCACAGGCAGGGUCUGUAUUUCUGUCUGUCUGUCUGCCUGUGCUGUGUGGAUGCCGGUGCCGGAUGUCUGCGUGGAUGCAGUGCCGAGUGGGCGGACGAUGUGUAUUCAACGGUGGAGAUCCGCUUUAUCGAGGAGGCCGAAUGCGUCACCCGCAUAGAGCUCAAGCAGACGAACAUACCUGGCGAAGACAAGUUCGGCAAUCCCGGGGCAUACGAGCGGUGUCUGCAUGGGUGGAAGGGGAACUUCUUUGAUCGCAUGGAGAAGGUGCUGGGGUACCCGCGCGAGCGAGGCUGAUGGACUACUCACGCACCUAUUUCUCCACUCACUGGCCGACGGGCCGCUGGGUGACCGCUGGCUGUCGAUAAUCUGCAUGUGUGUGGGGGUAGAAGCUGCUUCUUGUGUGUCAUGUCAUGUCAUGUCAUGUCAUGUCAUGUGUGGGAGUUUUGAUCGUCCGUGCAUCUGUGAAGUCAGUCAAAGAUGCUUGUGGUGAGCUGGUGCUCACGGCGGCCGUGAGCACCAUGCCUGUUCGUGACGUGCAGAUCUAAGCACAUAUGCCCUGUAUUGUAUUCCCUUGCUGCUGAAAUGCCUUCGAC